CAUACAUAUUGUUAUUGUUAGCUUGUUAGCUAGCAGAGGGUUUCGCGAGAUGGCGACAUGACAGAGUAAUAACGACGUCUUAUUACAUGUCUAUCAUAAGGUUAUUACCAGCCUUUAUCCGAUAUUGGCAAUGGAGAACGGAAACAGGUCUGAUGCUGCAUCCACGUCCAAGAAUCACUCAGGCUCUCUACACUUACAGAUUCUAAAAAAUGAAGACAGUUAUGAAGUAGCCAUGCCACUGGAGGAAAGCAACUUUGAGCAACAAGGGGGAUUUUUCAACCAAAGUGACCAACAUUUUGAAGAAUCGGUGCCAUCUGCUGGGCCGUCGAACGUCAACAGCUCCUUCAUGGUGAUUACCAACCUGCGGACACAACUGCAGAUUUCUGUCGAGAAAAACUCCUGGCUUCAGAAAAGAAUUGAGGACCUGGAAGAGGAGCGGGAUUUUCUGCGCUGCCAGCUGGACUGUUUCAUUUCAUCCACAAAGAGCCAGCGGCAAGAUCAGGGUUAUGAGUCCAGACGCUUCACUUGGAAGGGAAGAAGAGAGGAUGAACAUCCCGCUGAGCAACAGAAGAGGGACUUGGCGCAUUUGCCGUCUCGCCAAUUUAUCCAACGGAGGCCUGCCGCUGCUCCACCUGCGGCUUCCUGUAAAAACCACAUCUCCAAUCCAAUCAGCAAUCAGAUGGCCUCCGUGAAUGCUCGGUUCAGUUCGACGCAAUCCGCAGCCCUCUUGCAAGGCCUCGGCGCUGGCGGUGUGUCGGCCAGUGGUAGCGGCGCCAACCGUGCUGUAGGGCUGCUGAUGAAUGACUUGAGCGGGCAUCGAAACCUGGGUGCAGAUUCGCUUUCACUCUUGGGAGAAUCGGAUGAAUACUUGGAGCACGAUGACUUCCUAGAAGAGGAGGAAAUGAUAUCAGGAGAAGAUGCCAUGCAAAAUCCCAUCAGCAGCAACAAACAACAAUUCAAGAGGAGGCGGAUAUUCCGAGGCCUUCGAGAAAGGCAAAGGGUAAAAGACCCUGCCGGAGUGCUUUUCCGGUACAAGAAGAUCCUCCUCACAUACCAACGUCUAAAAAACAUGUCCAAGGCGUUUCAAAUCCACGGUGUGGACCGCAACACAGUGGCCUCCACCACACCCAUCGCCGAGCUGCUACUGGUGGCUCCCGAGAAAGUGGCGGUGGUCGGAGAGUUUGAUCCGUCCAAAGAGAAGCUGUUGGAUUACGCUCGCCGCUGCUAUGCAACGUUGGACGACGAGACACAGAGCAGGGUGCAAGCCCUGAAGAAGAACAACCUGCUGCUGCCUAUUUCCUACAGGUUCAGACACUGACACGAGAACCUGGUCCACGGCAAGAGGGCUAGACGGAAGGAAGUCCGCAGGCACAGAGAAGGAUUUUAUUCUCUUAGAACGCUGAAAACAAAAUAUUGGAUGCUUUCGCCUCUGAUAUAGAUUUCUUAUCUAUAUGUGUAAUACAAUGUGUCAUCUUAUGUGGAAAUCCUGUUCUGUGAGUUCCAUGGUAUCCACGUGAUGCAAAAAUAAUCACUUUGCUGUAUUAUUGUAAUGUUUGGAUACCAUCCACAAAAAUAUGUUAACCCUUUUUUGAAUAUGCACUUACAUUUUUGUACAGCCACUUUGUAAUUGUCGGCAAUGAGUAGCUAUUAUUCAUUAUUACUGUGUUUUGUGUCUACUUUUUUGUCAAACAUCUUAGUUGUUUCUACCUUACUUUGUGUUUUGCGUCUUUGAAUCGUGUAACUUUGCAUUACAAUUUUGUACAUAUACAAUCUUUACAUGAAAGUUAAAUACAAUUGAACUGUAUUUGGAUAGUAAUU